AGCUCUGUCCUCUUCCAGACACGGCUGCCAAUGUCAGGCGUCGGGGAAAUUUUGAAAGCAGUUGGGGAUUUUGGGCUGUUUCAGAAGAGGCUGGUGCUGCUCACCGUGGUUCCAUGCCUCAGUGUGGCUUUCCAUCAGUUUUGCCAACUUUUUAUGGUUCCAAACCUGCCUCACCACUGUGACACCAGCUGGAUCCGGGCCGUUGGGCCCAACCUGACAGAGGAAGAGCAGCUGAACCUCACCCUGCCCCGGGAUGCGGAUGGGGAGUAUGAGCAGUGCUCCAGGUACUCACCAGUGGACUGGGACCUGGGCUCCAUCAUGGAAUACGGCCUGAACGCCACGGAGAAAUGCAUCGAUGGCUGGGUGUACCCCUCAGCACAGCCACCGUCCCUGCUGACUGAGUUUGACCUGGUGUGUGACAGGAGGGACCUAGAUGACAUCUCCCAGGCUGUCUACAUGAUGGGGCUGUUCCUAGGAUGCAUGAUCUUUGGGCCACUAAGUGACAGGAUUGGCCGCCGUCCUGUCAUCCUCAUCUCCAUCUCCCUCCAGGCCUUGUUUGGUGUAGGAAUUGCCUUUGUGCCCCACUUCUAUGUCUACAUGGCCUUCAGAUGUGUUGUGGGGGCUUCUGUUACAGGGAUCACCGUGUCAAUGCUGGCGUUAGCCACAGAAUGGAUUGGUGUCACCUCCAGGCCAACAGCUGUGCUUGUUUCUCAUUGUUGCUUUGCCAUUGGGGAGAUGAUUUUGGCUGGACUGAGUUAUGGCAUUCGCCACUGGAGGCUGCUGCAGAUUGCAGGAUCUGCUCCCAUUUUUGCCUUUUUCUUCUACACCCAGGUGCUGCCAGAAUCACCUCGUUGGCUGGUCAUAAAAGGCAGAAUAGAAGAAGCUAAGAAGGUCCUACAGAAGGCAGCAUCCACCAACAAGCACACCAUCCCACCAGAACUCCUGGAGCAGUUGAAGCCUGAGGCACAGAUCAAGUCUGGAAGUAUUCUGGAUCUCUUUGGAAGAAAGCACCUCCUGAAGGUGACUUUAAUCAUGUCCUGUGCCUGGUUUGUGAACAGUCUUGUCUACUAUGGUCUGAGUCUGAAUGUGACAAAUUUUGGUGUGGACAUCUACCUGACCCAGCUUGCCUUUGGAGCAGUGGAAAUCCCAGCACGUGUUGGUUGUAUCUUUGUUCUGCAAAGGUUUGGGAGGAGGAAACCCCAGGCUAUCCUGAUGCUGCUGAGUGGCCUGGUGUGUCUGAUCAUCAGUGGCAUCCCUGAAGACCAAGCUUGGUUGAUCACCAUCUUGGCCAUCACUGCAGUUCACAGCCUCCUCUUCCUUCUCCACCUCCUACGUCUACACCGCAGAGCUCUUCCCCACGUCAUCAGGUCCAUGAAAAUGCCAACAGCACCUCCGAAAGAAGAACAUGAAAGGAAAAGUGUCCAAGUCAAUGAGUCCACAACGACCACAUACUUCUAGCUAGCUGCAACGGGGCUGCAGCAGAACCAACCAGCUCGUGCCGGGCAGGUCCCAGGUGCAGACCCCCCACACCUCUCCAGCUCACAGACAACUCCGUUUUUCCCUUUCCUCUUUUGCCUCGUACCCCCCUCUAUAGCUGCUCCUCAGCACUGCAUCCCCCUGCUGCUCUGCAUCUCCCACUGGAGGAAAGCUGAGGCUCUUCAUUUCAGAAAAAAAAAAAAAAGAAA